AAUAUUUGAAAUGCAAUUCGACACGAAGUGUCGCGUUUAUUUGUAUUUUGGUAGGUAUAACUUAUGUUGGUGACGUAAUUCGAUAAUUGACAUGAUUGGCUGGUUUUGUUUGAACUCAACCAAUGGUAUAUAUAUAUACGGAGUGCCUAUUCCUACGUUAACGUAAUCGUUCUUUCAAAACUAAACCUACGCGAAAUGGAAAAUAAUUUUGAAAAACGACGCCCGUCGCGCUAGUGUCUCCAUCAAGGUCAUCUAGCAGACGGACUAUGCGAAACAAGCGAACCUGCAAACGAAACCAAACAAAAAUAACCAACGUGCUUCAAGGAGAAAGUGCCGGCUUUUACGCUAUGUCAGAAUGAAAUGAGUUAAUUAUAAUUAUUAAAUAGUUAUUAAAUUUUGAGUGAAGUGCAAUACGAGGUGCAAUAUUCUUCGUAAAAUUUUGUUCACAUUGAGAAAUGGCUUCAACAUUUGAAAAAGGCACCGUUUUUCAAAAUUAUGAAGAGUUUGAACAAGCUCUCCAAAUUUUUGAAGAAAAAGAGAGACAAAAAUUUUCAAAAAGGAGUAGCAGAACUGUUGAGGCAGCCCGAAAAUUUUUAAAAAAGCCACUCAAUCCUCAAAUUAAAUAUUACGAGCUGCAUUUGGCGUGCAUAGCAGGCGGUGUUCCUUUUGCAUCGACGAGCAAGGGAUUAAGAGACAAAGGAACUAUGAAAGUGGAUUGCCCGGCACAUAUUAAACUACGUGCAUCGGAAGAUGGUAAUAAACUUGUUAUUACCAGUCUAAAUAUGGAUCACAGCAAGCAUGAAAAUUCACAGACUGUUUAUGAACAUCAGGCUCCAGUGAGAAGACUCAAAGGCGAAAAGCGAGAAGAGGUUAAAAAUUUGAUAAAACUCGGAUGUGAUAAAAAAUUAAUCCAAGAAAAAAUUUUCAAAGAAACAGGAAAACGGCCAACAUACAAAGACUUGGGGAAUAUUCAAAGUGAAAUAAGAGCAGAAUUAAAAGGAACCUCGGAUCCUCAAGUUAUUAAAAAAAUUCUGGAAGAAGAAUACGGUAAUUUACAAUUACUAUACUAGAAUUUGAAGAAGAGGGUGAGACUGACAAUAAAGCUAAGGCUUCUACGACUGUGAUUGUAAAUGAAAUUGAAAAUUGUUGUGCCAAAUUGUCCAUUAAUUCUGAUCCCUCAUCGGACAACCUUAUAGCCAAUUAUGUUGUUAAAAAUGGAAUUUUGGUACCCGAAGGUGAUGGAAAUGAUGCUCUGGAAAACAUAAAAUGGCCCAUUGCUGUCAAAAGACGCGGACGUCCAAAAAACAGUGAGACUACAGUGGCCAUAGGAUUGAGAAAAAAUCGGCAAGUGAAAAUUCCAAAAUCUUUUAGGCUUCUCAAAGAAGAAGAGAAAAUUGGUAUUAUUUUAAAUUGGGUGCUUUCAAAUAAAGCUCAUUUAAAUGUGAUUUUGAAGGGAGAUUAUUUAGUAAAAGAAGAGGAUCUCGAAAUGCGACCAGAAUCUAUCAAACACGGAAUACUCGAUGAACAAGUGAAUUUGGACAUUUUAAAGCCAUAUAUGACUGAAAGUGCACUUCAAACUUUAAAAAAAACUGUUGAAGUUAAAUUGAAAAUUGAAACUUGGCUUUGCGAAGUAUGUCAAGUAUCCACUGAAACAAAUAUAAGUAUAAAAAAUAUAAGUAUUGUUUGCGAAAGUUGUCUUAUGUGGUACCACAUUAGUUGCGUCGGUCUGAAAUCUAUACCAAAGAAAAAGUCUUGGUUCUGUUUUAAUUGUUCUUCUUAUUAAAUAUUUUUCAAUUUGUGUUAAAUUUUCAGUACAAAUUAAAAUUUAAAAACUCUGUUAAAAGACAGAAA